GACCAAGUCACUAUUAAGAGAAGGGACGGCCGCUCGAGUAAGCAACUUACUGUUCAGUUUGAGCACACCUUAUUGGAAUUGUUGGAAUAUGCAGAUCCUGAAGAUUUCGUUCGUCAUAGACUAUGUUACAACCGAGCGAGCGAGCAGGUCGACCACGCGGGAAUUUUGGGCGAACGUGACAAACUUGUAGGCAUUUUUAAUCGUUUAUUGCGUGAAUUCGCAUUCUUCCUUGUGCGAGAUCUGGUAAUGGUCAUAGCAGAGCUGGUUUCGUCCAAAUUGAUCAUCGACCUGCCACCGCUCAUUCUCGAAGUCCAUCAUAUCACUAGCCUCAUCUUACUUAUGUGCAGUGAAUCUGAUAUAUAUACAAUGUCAAAUCUUCUCAAUCGAGUUGUGGCUCGCCUCACGCUACAUGAUAGCAGCCUCCUCCGGGCGAGUAGCGAAGGAAUUUCAAACCGGGAAUUGAAAAAGGAGGCGAGCAAAGAAAUAGAAAUAAACGGUUGUGUACUUUGUAGUAGGCAAAACUUGAUUCCGGACACGCGUUCUGGCCUCACAGUUGCCUUUUUGGAUGGAAAUUUGGAAGGAGCGGCACUGAUGAAAAGAUCCUCUGCAGCUCUUUGUUCCAAGUUAUUUGAUGUGGUGGCACGGUCUGCGGGCCUAGCGUGCACUGGGUUGCCUAUCGUAGUAGCAGGGCACCUCAUUCUCAUGAAGGCAAAUAUGCCAGGUUAUUCCGAAUAUCCCCUCCGGUCCUCGUUGGGCAUUGGUGCUCUUGGAGGAUGUUUAAUGGCCAUUCCCAUGAUGAUCUUCGAAUGGAUACUCAAGCAAAUCUUCCCUAUUCUGUCCGAUCCAGUUGAAGUUAUCAAGAAGAAGGCGGAAAAGCCGGACGUCGAAUCAGGGACAGAGAAUAUCGAAGAGGACGAAGAGUCCACUAACUGGUGUCGACAAGGUACAUUAGGGCUAGUCGUGUUCAUCAUGACUCUUGCAGGACUGGUGGGGUUGGGUGCUGGUAUAGGCGCUAUUGGAAGUGCCAUACUCCGUGCUACCCAUCAUGAGUGCCUAGGAGUAUCCCAAGCUACUCGCGCUGGUGCAGUUGGCAUAGCCGUACUAGGACCUGGAGCUAUCGUCGUUACACUCCUUUUA